AUGACACAAAAUCAAUUACUGAGCUCCUCGUCAUCACACAUGAAAUCGGCAUUAGCAUUUUUCUAUUUAUUCGUAUCAAUUUUGUGUUGUUUUUUGAUGCUAGCUCUUCCGAUCAUUCAUGGGCAAACAAUUUCAGAAAAUAAGCCUUGCAAGGAUCGGAUGAGCGAUGCCACCUGUUUAUUUAUUCCUGCCACAAUCGAUGAGUCUCGUGAUGAUCAAGGUUCUGUCAUUUCAUUCCGUAACGGAAGAUUUUUGAGAAAAAACAAUGAUAGUGGAAUUGAAUUUGAUUGGUCGGGAGUGAUUAUUUCAACUCAAAUCGUUUAUACGGAAAAUUCAUCUCUUCAUUCUGCCAAUGCCGUGUUGAAAACCUUGGUUCAUAUGAAAGAUGUUGGAAAUUUAUAUAACAUUUAUUUGUGGAGAGUAUCCAAUACCGUACAAAAGCAAUUCUUGCAAAAAUUGACACUUGUCACUAAUCAUGACAAUAAUAAUGUUGGAUAUGGAGUAGAAUUUUCUUGGUCUAGAGUUGGUGGUCUUACUACAUAUACUCUUGAAAUUGAGAUUGAAAAGAGAACAGAAGCCAUGUUAGGUGUUGCAACAUUUUAUGGCUUUUCUUUUGUUAAAAGUGAAAACUUUGUUCUUUCACCAGUGAAUUCUCAUCAAAAAACACAACAUCUUUUACAAUCCAAAAGUACCAUGAUUCAAACAAAUAGUCCUCUGAAAAUUGAAUUCAUUGGUGACUCUAUUACUUGUGCUUAUGGAAAUUUAGGAAAACCACCCUGUGCUUACACACCAAACACUCAAGAUGUUCAUGAAAGUUUUGUGGAAAAGACCGCACGAUAUCUUGGAGCUUCUGAAAUUCAUGUCGAAUGUUGGAGUGGAAAGGGAGUGGUGAGAAAUUAUGCCGAUAAGAAUACCACUUCCAAAGAUCCAUUCCCAGUGUAUUAUCCUCGAACAUUGGCAAAUAAUCCAAAUGUGAAUUGGGAUUUCAAAACUUCGAAUUUUAUACCAGAUAUUGUUGUGAUUACACUUGGAACGAAUGAUUUCAGUACUCCACCAAGACCAUCCUAUGAAGAAUUUAGUACUGGAUAUCAACAUUUUAUAGAUUUUAUCAUGAGCAAGUAUUUACCACUCAAAGGACCAUCUUUUAAACUUGUAUUGGUGAGCGUGGUAGUGACAGAAAAUUAUGGCGAGUUCAUCAAAAAGGUUGCACAAUCUCAACCAAGCUAUGGAAAAACUGUUCAUUUCGCCUCUUUGGAAGAUGUUUGGAGAAAUUUCCAAACCAACGAUUGGGGCUGCAGUGGUCAUCCAUCGGUUUCUGGUGACGAAAAAAUGGCCAAAGCUCUCAGUGCUUUUAUUUCUACUCAUGUCAUUGGUCAAUAA